AUGGCAACUACAAAUGAAGAUGAAUAUGUUGAAAAUAAUCGUUAUCAUGGAAAUUUUUCUUAUCGUUCUUUAUCACCAAGUUCAUUUGAACGAUUACAUACUGAACAUAAUGAUUAUUUUUAUAAACCAAAACGUGGUCCAUCAACAAGUAAAUCAAAUAUAACAAUAACACGACCAAUAAAAACAUUUGAAACUGUAACAAAACUUGUUGAACUUUUAACAAAACAAACUAAUAAUUUAAAACGAGAACAUGUGGAAAAUAUUGAUUCAUCAAAACCACUUAAUGAACAUAAAUCACCAUCAAAUUAUUCAAGUCUUUUAUCAAUGGAUGAUGGAAAUUCAUCAUCAAGUAGUUCAUCAACUUUUUCAUCAAGAUCUAAUUCAUCUACAUCAACAGUACCAGAAAAUGAAACUCAAGUGAUUGUUAUUGAAGAAUCAACAUCAAAAUUAACUCCAAUAACUGCACCUUCUCCAAUUGAGGAAUCAAAUGUUAUUUUCAAUAAUAAACAAGAAGAUUAUUCAUCAUCAUCAUAUGAUGUACCUGCAAUUGGAAUUAAUAUAACAAUGACAGGUGUAUCACUUGUUUUAAUAGAACUUUAUCCACAAAAUGUUGAUUAUUCUACUGUUAUUUUUCAACGUUAUUUGAUAUCAUUAAUUAUAAAUAAUGAACAUAAAAAUUGGUCUAUAUCAAAUGUUAAAUUACAAACAAUAAUUGAACAAGAAGCUAAUUUUCGUUUAUUUACAUUAACACAUAAUGAAUUUGAUCAUGUACUAUUAUAUUUACAAACAUUUAUAAAUUAUAAUUCUUCUAUAAUAUCUCCAUUUGUACUUAAUAUAGCAUUAACAGGUGAACAAAAAUAUGAAUAUGAAAUAAAAAUUUCAUCACGUUUAAAUAAAGUUAAUUUAAAUUUUGAUAUUAUACAAUAUCGUGCUGAAUCAUAUAUGAUUGGUUUAAAUUUUUUUCUUGGAAAUAAUCAAAUGAUUAAUAUUGAUAAACAUAAUGAAUUAAUUAAUAUAUUAGAUAAUAAACAUAUUAAUGAUACUUAUCAACUUUAUCCAUAUAUAUUACUUCAUGCUGAAGCUGGAAGUACAUUUUUUUAUAUUGUUCAUUCAUCAAGUAAAUAUUCUGUAUUAACAUCGAAUAAUUUAUGUUAUAAAACUUAUUCGAAUUUAAUGAAACUUUUACAACCGGGAUAUGAUCCAAUAAAUGAUGAACAAAUACCAUCAUCAUCAUCAUCAUCAUCGACAAUUCGACGUCCAUCACUUGUUUCAUUAGAUUUUACACGUCUUAAUUUAUGUAAAAAUUGUCAUCGUUCAUCAACAAAUCUUUCAUGUCAUGUACCUUUAACAAGUUUUACUCGUAUACCACAACGAUAUUUUCCUUCUGAUUAUACUCUAUCAACAACUUCACAUUAUAUUUAUCGUGGUUGGUCAAAUAGACGAACAUCAUCUUAUGAUAAUAAUAUAACAACAUAUGAUGUACAUACACAAACUGAUGAUAGUUUUAUUGAAUUUUCAUCAUUACAAACAUGUUUAGCAAUGCAUCAUUCAUUAUUAUCAAUGUUUACAAUGAAUAUGGCAUUAACAAUCAAAUUAUUACUUAAACUUUAUCCAUCAAUUAAUCAUUGUAUAUUAACGGGAGAAUUUUUUCAAUUAGAAAAACAAGCUACACAAGAUUUAACUAUAUUUUUAGAAUCAAUUCUUGGACAAAAUACACUAAGAAUAUGUCAAUUAAAACAAGAAUCACUUAUAUCUGCACUUGGUUGUGCACUUCCUCGAGUUUAUUUUGAUGUUAUUGAUGAAGAAGGAAUUGUAGGAAAUGAUUGUAUUCAUUAA